AUGGCGGGCUCAGACAUCCCAAUUCCCCGCAAACUGUGGGAGCAUCCGAAUCCCAAGGGCACAAAGAUGUAUAAGUUCAUGCAGAAUGUGAAUCAAAGACGAAAUCUGACUCUCAACAGUUUCAAUGAUUUGUACUCCUAUUCUAUCAAGAAUCGUGCUUCAUUUUGGCAGGAUGUAUGGGAGCUUCUUCCUCUGGUACAUGAGGGCACGUAUACAAAAGUAGUCGACGAGUCGGCUCCCAUGGACACCAUCCCAUACUGGUUUGAAGGUACACGCCUCAACUUCGCCGAGAAUAUCCUAUACAAUGCCGGAUCCGACCACUCGCAGCUCUCAACGAGAGGCAAGGAAGAUUCAAAGAUUGCAUGUACCGAAGUCCGUGAAGGGGGAACUGAGCUUCGAGAUGUUACCUGGGCAGAUUUGCGGAAGAGGGUUGGACGCCUGAGCAAUGCUCUAAGGGCAAAGGGAGUCAAAAAAGGAGACAGGAUAUGUGUCGUGGCGAGUAACUCGGUCGACACUCUGGUCGUAUUCUUGGCUACCACAGCCCUGGGUGGUCUAUUCAGCAGCUCGAGUACUGACAUGGGAACUAAUGGUAUACUCGACCGCCUGUUACAAGUCACGCCAAAGUAUGUCUUCAUCGACGACUGGACAGUCUACAAUGGGAAGACCAUCGACCUGCGCCCCAAAAUGAAGGAGAUAGUCGAAGGUAUGCAGGGUGUGGAGAACUUUGAGGGCAUCAUCAGCCAGCCUCGAUUCCGGCAGCCAGCAGAUAUUGCCUCUGUACCUCAAACGACCACCCUGGAAACCUUCCUGGCUGCCGCUCAAGAUAAUACUGAACUCACCUUCGAGCGCGUGGCUUUUCGCGACCCCUUUAUGAUCGUCUAUUCGUCAGGCACUACCGGCAUGCCCAAAUGCAUCGUCCACUCCGUCGGAGGCGUCCUUCUCAGCUCCCUCAAAGAAGGCCAACUGCACUACUCUUAUGGCCCGGAUACUGUCAAACUCCAAUUCACCACCACCGGCUGGAUCAUGUAUCUCUCCGCCGUCGGCUCACUCCUGCACUCCGUCCGCCUCGUCCUGUAUGACGGCUCCCCAUUCCAGCCCGAUCUCAAGACCUUCAUCACCCUCGUCGGCUCCCAACGCGUCACCCACCUCGGCAUCUCCCCUCGCUACAUGGCCGAGCUACAAAAAGCCAGCAUCGUCCCACGUACCACAACCGAUCUCUCCAACCUCCGCCUCGUUACAUCCACCGGCAUGGUCCUCAGCGACGCUCUCUUUGAAUGGUUCUACGACACCGCCUUCCCGCGCCACGUUCAUCUCUGCAAUAUAUCUGGUGGCACCGACCUCGCGGGCUGCUUCGGUAUCGGUAACCCCCUGACUCCAGUCUACGUCGGGGGCACACAGGGCCCAACACUGGGUCUGCAGGUAGAGGUAUACGACCAGACGAUCCCGACCGGCAAACGCGGUACCGCGGUCGAGGAUGGAGUGCCAGGUGAGCUCGUCGCGACGACUGCUUUUCCAAACCAGCCAACCACGUUCUGGGGCCAGGGUGGGCACGAGAAGUAUCUGAGUAGCUACUUCCAGCGUUAUCCGCAAGUGUGGGCGCAUGGUGAUUUCAUCGUCAAGCAUCCCCAGACGGGCAGUAUUACCUUUCUAGGCAGGGCGGACGGAGUGUUGAAUCCGAGUGGGGUGCGGUUUGGGAGUGCGGAGAUAUACAGCGUGAUCGAAGAGCAUUUUCCGCAGAUUCAGGAUAGUAUCUGUGUUGGACAGCGGCGGCCGAGUGAUAACGACGAGAGCGUAAUGCUGUUUCUGUUGAUGCAGCCCGGGCAGAGAUUCAGCGAGGAGUUGGUCAGGGAGGUCAAGGUGAAGAUUGGAAGCGAGCGGAGUAAGAGGCAUGUGCCAAAGUGGGUGUUUGAGACGCCUGCGAUUCCAACGACGGUCAAUCUCAAGAAAGUCGAGUUGCCCGUCAAGCAGAUUGUGUCAGGGCAAAUAAUCAAGCCUUCUGGGACACUAUUAAACCCAGAUAGUCUAAAGUACUAUUACCAAUUCGCGAAGGUCGAGCAGCUAGGUGCGCCCAAGAGCAAACUAUAG